AUGUGGGAAGUUCUUAUCACCGGAUUUGUUCGUUGCUCUGUGGCGGGGCAAAGGUUUCGCGAGUUUAAAAUGCGGGGUUUAAUAUGCAUGAUUAUCCACCUGAUUGUCGCUGUACUUGCAUUGGGGCCGCAUUUCAUCGGAGCACUGAACAGCGAUGGCACAGUUCUGAUUUCUCUUUCCAAAGACUUGAAUGCGCCUCCAAAUGUCUUUAGCAGUUGGAGAUCAUCCGAUGAAAAUCCUUGCAACUGGGAAGGAGUGUUCUGUCAUGCAGAUCAUACUGUGCGAGUGCUCAAUCUCACAGACCGCAAACUCUCUGGAACUCUGUCUCCUGCUAUCGGUGCUCUACACAAUUUGAAAGAGCUCUAUUUAGAUCUCAACACUCUGUCUGGCAUCAUUCCUGCAGAGCUUGGAAAUUGCACAAAGAUGGAGUUUUUAUAUCUCUCGAACAAUCAUCUCCACGGCCAAAUCCCUCCUGUAUUGGGUAACUUGCAGAAUUUACAGGUUUUGUCCCUGUCCAAUAAUUCACUGGAAGGCCAGAUCCCUUCAGAGCUUUUCAAGGCCAAAAAGCUGCAAGAAGUAUAUCUGCACGAUAAUCGUCUCACAGGAAGCAUACCACCAGAGAUUACAAAUCUCAAGAAGCUCAGAUAUUUAUUUCUGUUUGACAACCAGCUCUCUGGCUCAAUACCUCCCACACUGGGUGCACAAAGCAAUCUCACCGGAAUUGAUUUUACAGGGAAUCAGCUCACUGGAUCAAUACCUCCGACACUCUGUUCGUCAGGAAAGCUAGAACUUUUACUGGUAAGAGGCAAUCAGUUGGAAGGCCAAAUCCCUCCGGAGAUUGGGGAAUGUUCAAGCUUGAAGCGAUUGAUUUUGAGCCACAACCGUCUAUCUCACCGCAUACCCCCCAAUUUUCUGAUUUCCAAUCCUAAUAUUGACCACUUGGAUAUGAAAGGCAAUCAAUUGGAGGGAAGAAUACCAUGGGGCAUCGGGCAUUUGCAGAACCUGAGCUUUAUGGAUCUCUCCAUGAAUAUGCUCAGUGGUCCUCUUCAUCCACAAUUGGGGCAUCUUUCCAAGCUAAAGCUUUUGAAUCUUGGCAGCAAUAGAUUUAGUGGAGAAAUCCCAUACGCAAUGGGGCUUAUGAGUGAACUACAGAGCAUGGAUUUGUCGUCCAACAAUUUCAGUGGCAGCAUUCCCUCUUCACUAGAUGGUAUGUCAUCGCUUGUUCAAAUAAACGUAUCGAAUAACCAGUUAACAGGAUGCAUACCCAACUCAUGGUCCAAUUUGUGGAAUCCUUCGCCGGGCUCAUUCAAUGGCAACCCAGGUCUCUGCUUAGCAGAACAUGAUGGGAAAAGUCCCUGUAAAUGCAAGAGCAAAGAACAUGAAAUGGACGGCCAAUAUCCACAUAGCCAUAUAGGCCGAUUGGGAAAUCAAAGGAUUGCUCUUUCCUGA